UCAGAGUCCGACGCGAAUUAUUACCGCCUUUAGCGCAUCUGGAAGCUUCCAAAGGCGCGGCACUCACCUUCACCUGGUUAUUAGCGUGGGACCGAAACGUAUAGUGGCCGGCUUCACCUGAAUAUCCCGCUGCGCUCACUCCACUCUCGAAGAGGACAACCCAGCCCAACAUAGCCCAAUCCAUGGCGCCAGAAGUACAAGCGGCCUGCGUCGUUUGCGGUGAGCCGGCCAACAACAAAUGCAGCGCCUGCAAGUCAGAUACCACGUCCCGUCAAUACUGCUCCAAGGUCUGCCAGGUGAAGGAUUGGUCGGCUCACAAGAAAGCAUGCAAAGACGCCCAGAACACCAACUUUGAGAAGAAGCUUGCGCGCGUAGCCGAGAUCGUCCAGCAGGCCUACUACAAAUUCCGCGAAAACACUUGGGACACGCCUGUCAUCAAAAUCGAUGACCGAGAUGACGCGUUGCUCAUCUAUGACGAUGUCAUGCUCAACAAGAAGAAGUAUUCCAUCGACUUUCCGCACCAUCUUGGUACAAACGACCGGUCUAAGAAGGCGAUUCUUUGCGCAUGGGCGUGUAAUGAACCAAUGGCUUGGCUACAUGAUACACUUGUUGGUCUCCUUGAAGGAUUGAACAUCAAGGUCGAGGAAGUCGCCGUCAGCCUAGGUGCAGUCUCCCGCAAGAUCACCUUCCACGACCCGUUUGGCAACAGUGACAGCAACUGGCCCAAGUUCUACCACGACGUAGUCCGCAUUACCGCAAACAAGACCAAAAUGCAAUGGAUCAUGGACCUCAGCGGUGCGCAGUAUGGGAUUCAUUGAGCUUUCUGGCGUUGGAAGGAAUACGAGCACGAGCACUUGGCGAAGACAAAGGACGUACAGGCCACCGGCACGAAUAAAGCUCGAUUGAAGAUUCU